GACCCACAAAUGAGCAUGAACCCUGAAGCAAAACAUCUCAAAUGACUAGCGCAGUGGGAGGCUGCUCAUAAAACACUUCCACACAAUCAAACGCACACUCAUACACACACACGCUGGCAGGCAUCUUGUCUGAAAUCUCUUGGAUCAAAUCAUUCUUGAAUGCUAAGCAGCGCAGUCUGUUGUUUUGUUGUCCAUGUUGCUAAGCGACCAUCAUCAAGUCAAAGGCUGAGAGAAAAGACAAAUCCCGAAAGAGAAUGAGACAUGGUGGAGGGCAGGAAAUUGUGAGUUUUUAAGAGCCAGUCUCUGAUGCUUCUGUGGACCAAGGUGCAGUGUUUGUGGAGGCAAAAUGUGGAACACAAGGUCUCUCGAGAAGAUGGUGAACAGGACGACUCUGAGCACACAGAGAGUGCUCCACACACACAUUCUGGAACUAGGAGAACAGUUGUGUCCGUGGUCAUCUCCCAACACCAGAACAGACAACCACUUAAAAUUGGCUUCAAACUCUGUCAAUUCACGACCUGUGAUUGGACUGGAGCAGCCUGACACCCCUGCCAUGGAGGAAUUUAAGCACUUGGCAGAGGAGGAGAAACGUGCUGCCCUUAGACUACAAGAGGAGAGUCUGCAGGCCCGCUUUCGAGAGGCCCUGCGAGCGUGGGACAGGCUGGAGGCUGAAAUGAGGCGAGAGCUGCAGGUCGAGCUGCAGGCCCAGUUCAGAGCUCAUUGUGAAUGCCUGAGGGCUCAGAUGGAGGAAGAGAAGGUCCAGGCCGUAGGGGAGGCCUGCAGGAAGCUGCGAGAACAGCUGCACAAAGAGGCAGAGGAGACCAGAGAGACAAUAAUACAGACUGUACGAGAAGAGACUCAGGAAAGUGUGAGGAGGUGUGUGCAGGACAUCGAGAGAAGUGUUCGCGAAGAGUGUGACAUGAAGGCAGAAAGAGAGAAACGGGUCCUACAGGACAGACAUGAAGAAGAGAUAUCUGAGCUACAAAACAGGCUACAGCAGCUGCAAGACAGUCUGGAGCAGGCCUGCAGGGAGCGCAUUCAGUAUGAAGCAGAGUUUAAGAAGGUGCAGGCCAGCUACAGGCAGUUUGUGGACCUGACUGACUCCUCCCUCCACUCUGAUUACCUCUUAAAACUCCGCAGACUGGGGAGAGAGCCAGGGCUCAUGGACACUGCGACACAGACUGAUGAGAUCACCUCUUAACUGUCAUCUUGAGAUGGCAGUGUUCUCACACCGUAUUUGACAUGACGUCACAGCACUGUCCUGCACUGUGACAUGCUGUACUGUCUGAAAUCAUUUUAAGCAUUGUUUUCUAGAAACUAUAGCAAUAUUUGUAGUUUUUAUAAAUGUAUUUGCACCACAGGUUUAAGUAAACUACAAAAGCUU